AUGGCUCGGGCACUGGUAGGCUGGUGCUUCUUUCUGGUGGCGGCAUUUGCGGUAGGCGUCGUGGGCCAGCAUCCUCCCUACACCCCUCCUCCUUCCCACCACACCCCGCCUCCCCAGUCCCAGGUCCCCUCCUACGCCAACGGCCAACCCUACCGUGUCAACUACAACAAACCCAACCGCAUCUUCACCUGCGAAGACGACUGGGGUGAUACAUGCAUCGCGCAGUGCCCGGACCUCUGCCCCAAGUCCUGCUCCAUGUCAUGCAGCUACUGCGAGACCACAUGUAGUACGUCCAGGUGUGUGGAGUUUCCAGGCACUUCGUGUGGCGACCCUAGCUUCACCGGUGGCGACGGUGUUACCUACUACUUCCAUGGCAGGAAGGAUCAGGAUUUCUGCAUCGUCUCCGACGUCGAUCUCCACAUCAACGCGCACUUUAUCGGCAACCACAACCCCGUCAAUGAGAGGAACUUCACAUGGAUACAAGCCAUCGGUGUCACCUUCGGCGACCACCGCCUCUUUGUAGGCGCUCGCAAGGCUGUCGAGUGGGAGGAGGACGAGGACCACAUUGAGAUAACCUUCAAUGGGGAGCCCAUCAAUAUAGACACCGCCAACAAUGCCCAGUGGGUGUCCAAGGUCCAAUCCUGUCUAUCCGUGCAACGCACAGACAUUGUCAACUCCAUCAAGGUGGAUUUCGCCAAUGUGUUCAGCAUCUCGGCCAACGCCGUGCCGAUCACGGACGAGGACUCUAAGAUCCACAGCUAUGGCAAGACCGCGAAGGACAGUCUCGUGCACCUUGACCUUCGCUUCAAGUUUCAUUCCCUCACCGACGUUGUCGAUGGCGUGCUCGGCCAAACCUACCGGUCUAACUACGUCAAUAAGAUGAAUGUCACAGCCAAAAUGCCCAUCAUGGGUGGCACGCCAAAGUACUUCUCAUCGGGCCUCUUCUCGACGGAUUGUGCGGUCUCCAAGUUUCAGCACAAUGGUGGCGCAAGCCAUGUUCGUGCCAUGGCUGCAUAA